AAAGAAGUAAAUCCAAAGCUGUUUGUUUCUCUAUUCCACUGCUUCCUUAAUUCGUUUUCUCUUUUUAUUUUUUCUCGAUGAAGAAGAUGACUCUUAAUUCUUCUCCAACUUCUCUUAGAAAACUGGAAGGGAAGGUGGCGAUCAUCACGGGCGGUGCAAGCGGGAUUGGAGCUAGUACAGUGCGAAUUUUUCAUGAAAAUGGAGCAAAAGUCAUAAUCGCCGAUAUCCAAGACGAAGUUGGCCAAAAACUCGCCGACAAACUCGGCGAAGACGUAAGCUAUAUCCACUGCGAUGUGACGCAGGAAGACAACGUUGCCAAGCUGGUCGACACCACCGUCCACCGGCAUGGCAAGCUCGACAUUAUGUACAACAAUGCCGGUGUCAUCGACCGUAAGCUUGGCGGUAUAUUGGACGUUACAAAGUCUGAUUUGGACAAGGUGGUGGGCGUGAACGUGAUGGGUGCAUUUUGGGGGGCAAAGCACGCAGCGAGAGUAAUGAUACCAAAGAAAAACGGGUGCAUUUUGUUCACAAGCAGCGCAACCACCAACAUUGCUGGCCUCUCAACGCACCCAUACGCAUCCUCCAAAUGUGCAGUCCUUGGUUUGGUUAGGAACCUAACCGUUGAGCUUGGCAAACAUAGUAUUAGAGUCAACUGUGUCGCCCCCUUCAUCGUGGCCACUGGGAUUUCAGGGACUAGAGUCCCAGCAAAAGCCAUUGAGACCAUGGCCACCAGCUGGGCCAAUCUCAAAGGUCGUGUCCUUAAGGCCGACGACAUAGCCAAGGCCGUGCUCUACUUGGCUAGCGACGAUGCUAACUAUGUCAGCGGUCUCAAUCUUGUGGUCGAUGGAGGCUAUAGCGUUGUCAAUCCUUCCAUGCUUCAAACUGUUAACCGUUUUCUUUCUCUACUCUAAUUAAAAAUUUAAAAAUUCUGUUCUUAUGAUGCUUUUAUUUUAUUGUUUGUAGACAUUUAGGCCCUUUAAUCUUAAUAAUAAUUUUGUUUAUGUUUGUAAAACAAAAUAAAUAAUAAUAAUAAUAAAAAUAAGGAAGGCCGGUCAAAAAUGGAAUUGGGAGAGGAUAAAUUGUGACGUGUCGGCACUACAUUAGUUGAAAAAAACAUAUAAAAUUCAAUUUGGUGUUUGGUUCAAAA